AAGUGUAAGUACUGGCCAUUCAUGAUGACUUGACAUUUCGCAUUCCCUUGGUGAAUCUGGCAGCGGUAUGCAAAAUAGGCACUGGGCUACAGUAGAUUUAGAUAAGUAGCCUAAACUCAACUCCAUAUACACUACAUGACCAAAAGUAUGUGGACACCUGCUCGUCGAACAUCUCAUUCCAAAAUGAUGGUAAUUAAUAUGGAGUUUGUACACCCAUUUGCUGCUACUUCAGUCUCCGCCCUUCUGGGAAGGCUUUCCUCUAGAUGUUGGAACAUUGUUGUGGGGACUUGCUUCCAUUCAGCCACAAGAGCAUUAGUGAGGUUCGACACUGAUGUUGGGCAAUUAGGCUGGACUCGCACUCAGCGUUCCAUUUCAUCCCAAUGGUGUUUGAACCAUGAAAAACUGCCCCGGACCAUUAUUGCUCCUCCACCAAACUUUAUAGUUAGCACUAUGCAUUGGGGCAGGUAGCGUUCUCCUGGCAUCCGCCAAACCCAGAUUCGUCAGUAGGACUGCCAGAUGGUGAAGAGGGAGUCAUCACUCCAGAGAACACGUUUCCACUGCUCAAAAGUCCAUUGGAGGCAAGCUUUACACCACUCCAGUCGACGCUUGGGUUUGCAGAUGGUUAUCUGCGUUAUUGUCCCUGGGUGCUGCAAUCUAUAGUUUUUGCAAAAAAAUAGCAUUUUAAUAGAUGCCUGUAAAAUUGCGCCGCGAAAUCCAAUGGAGUUUGAAGUUUGCCACUUCGAGCAUGCACUGCCAGUCUUAUGGAUAAUUUUAUAAAGAUAAAUUAUUUAACGCUAACUGUGUACUUGUGCUUGUCCUGAUUGUUAUUGAGUUGUAAGUGGGUGUUGCAAUCCAUAGUUUUUAUAUUAAAAAAAAAUGGCAUUCUAUGCAUCCCCUGACAAAACUAAGCUGUUCCUUCUCAAUGGCUCCCUUGGUGGAGGUCGCGUAAAAUGCUUUUUUUUUAACUAAUGGUUGCAGCACCCAAAUAAAUAACGCAGUUACACAGGCCAAAUAGUUACAAGGUACACAUUAAAGAAUGGGCAUUACUGCAAGUAUCGACUGAUACUGACUCAAUGUAGUCGGAGGUACCCUCUGCCGACCCUCAUCGCAACUCGGCUCCAUUGAAAAGUAUGGAGUUGAGUUAUAUAAAUGAUUAUACUGACCAAGAAAGAAACAAAAAAUGCUGAAUAAUAAUGAUGAUGCACUUCUCUUCAUUCUAGAUCAAUGUCAAGGUGACAUUCCUAUUUAAUAGCCUAUGUAAGCAAAAAAUGGACACAUCCGUAGAUUUUUUUUGCCACACUGUCACUGGGUGGGCAAGUCAAAGUAAGAUUAAGCGUCGAUGCGUCGUACGUAUUUUAGGAGGCGGAAGGCUUGCAUUACCUGUAUGGACUUCGACAAUCCUGUGUGGGUGGUAGGCUACUGAACGACACCUCACACUCAAACAACUAUCUCAAACUUAAACUUGGGUCCAUGUUGUCAUCGACUAAAAGCCGAAAACAAUAAGUAUUUCCCCGCCUCAAUAGCCUAUUAACUUGCUGGCAGCGAUGGGUCGGAGUUCUGAUACUUUUUGUUAGGAGGGAAACUCGCGGACUACCCCCCGGUGGAUCUCGCACGAGCUCAGUGAUCAGGAUGAUACCAGUAACUGAGUUCCGGAACUUUGCCUCAUCACAGAACCCCGAGUUCCGGGUUCUAAAGCCAUGGUGGGAUGUGUUCUCGGAAUACUUAUGUAUCGCCAUGCUCAUGAUUGGAGUGUUCGGAUGCACCUUACAGCUCACCCAGGAGAAGAUCUCCUGCCUUCCCAGCCAUUUCUCCAGCUCAACUCCAGAGGCCAUCGAUUGCAGCCACAUCCGCGGCCACGGCGAGAACGAGACAUGGGAGCACCAUACCUUAGUCAAGCCCGUCAGCCCCAUCAUCCGGGAGGUGUAUGGACGCAAGAACAACCUUGACAUCCACCAGUACAUCUUCGUCAACCAUUACUGCUACGAACGAGCCGUGCACUGGUACGGCAAGUACUUCCCCUACCUGGUGGUAAUCCACACAUUGAUCUUCAUGGUGGCCAGCAGCUUCUGGUUCAAGUUCCCUGGGACGUCGUCCAAGAUCGAGAUCUUUGUCACCAUCCUGGGGAAGUGUUUCGACUCGCCAUGGACCACCCGGGCGCUGAGUGAGGUGUCUGAGGAGCGUGGCGAGGAAAAGAUGGUGAUAUGGAGGAAGAACACCAUGUCGAAGUCGAUGGCAUCGGCGUUCGCUGCCUCGCCGGACAGUGAGCCAGGGGUGGAGGAGGAGAUGGUGGGACUUCUCCGGCAGUCGUCCAUCAAGUCAAAUCCAGAGAAGAAGAACCCGGAACUACAGCCAGCGGAUUCACUCUUGGACAAGAAGGAAGGGGAGCAGGCUAAAGCUCUGUUCGAGAAGGUGAAGAAGUUCAGAACGCAUGUGGAGGAGGCAGAUCUGCUCUACCUGAUGUACGUUCUCCAGACCUCCCUCAAGGUCUUCAAGUUUGUCCUCAUCACCUGUUACAGCGCUGCAUUGGUCCCCAACAUUGAGAUUGUAGUUCGUUGCUCAGUUCCUCCGGAGCUGACCGGCUUCGAAAUCUACUGCUGCAACCACACGAAAGCCCACCUCUUCUCCAAGCUGUGCUACUGUUACAUCUGCUUUGUGGGAGUCUACGGACUUCUGUGCAUCUACACCCUCUAUUGGCUCUUCCAUCGACCUCUUAAAGAGUACUCCUUUGAGCAUGUUAGACUGGAGACGGGUAUCAACGACAUCCCAGAUGUCAAGAACGACUUUGCGUUCCUCCUCCACCUCAGCGACCAGUACGAUGCGCUCUACUCCAAACGCUUCGCCGUCUUUCUCUCCGAGGUCAGCGAGAGCCGUCUUCGCCAGGUCAACCUCAACCACGAGUGGCCCGGCAAGAAGCUGCGGGGACGCCUCUCCCGGAACGCCGACAACCGUCAGGAACUCCAUCUCUUCAUGCUCCCGGGUCUUCCCGACACCGUCUUCGAUGUUCCUGAAGUGGAAUCUCUCAAACUGGAGCUGCUAAACAACGUGACUAUUUCCUCCAGUGUAAUCCAGCUAGGUUCUCUCCAGGAGCUGUCCCUCAUCCACUGCCCAGCCAAGCUCCACCUGGCUGCCCUGACCCACCUCAGAGAGAACCUCAAGGUCCUCCGGCUAGCCUUUGAAGGACUGGAGCAGGUACCAAUGUGGAUGUACACACUUCAGAGUCUCGAAGAGCUUCACCUGAGUGGCCCUUUGACCCACGAACUCUCCCGCAGUGCAACGUUAGACUCCCUGAGAGAACUCAAAGCUCUAAGAGUCCUGACGCUUCGCAGCCGCCUAACCAAGAUCCCUCCGAGUGUUGGGGAUGUGGCAGUCAACCUCCAGCGUCUCUGCAUCUAUAAUGAGGGCCUCAAACUACAAGCCUUUAGCAGCCUCAAGAAGUUGACCAACCUGGCCUCUCUGGAGCUGACAGGAUGCGAGCUGGAGCGCAUCCCCAGUGCGGUCUUCAGCCUGUCAAGCCUGCAGGAACUGGACCUGAAGGAAAACAAGCUGACGACAGUAGAGGAGAUCUUGAGUCUACAACAUUGCCGGCGCCUGGUAACACUUCGUCUCUGGCACAACGGCAUCACCUACAUCCCUGAGCACAUUGCUAAGCUAAAGUCCUUAGAGACGCUGAACGUCAGUUGGAACAAGCUCCGGAAACUUCCGUCACGUCUCUUCUACUGCACCAAGCUCCGGCACUUGAACCUGUCCCACAACCAGCUCACGUCGCUACCAGCUGAGGUAGGGAUACUCCAGAGUCUCCAGUUCUUCUCAGCAGCCUUUAACUCCCUGGAACAGCUGCCGGAGGAGCUGUUCUCCUGCAAGAGGCUCAAGACCCUGGCGUUGGGAAACAACUGCCUGCUCUCGCUUAGCCCCAGGGUGGCUAACUUGGCCCAGCUAGUGCGCCUGGAGCUCAAGGGGAACAGACUAGACUCUCUACCUCCUGAGAUAGGGGACUGUCCCCUGUUGAAGACCAGUAAUCUUGUGGUAGAGGACAACCUGCUGGAUCUACUGCCGUCUGAUGUACGGAGCAGGAUGAAAGACAGUUGAGAGACACUUACUUUGCUUACUUUAAAGGGCUUUUUACUCCUGCUGGUGCAUAGGCUGCUGACAACAAUUGAGAGAUAGGAUAAAGGUUCAGGUUUGGUGACACUUGAUUGGUCAGAGCUGUCAGCUCCGUGGGAAAGGAUUGGACCUCUGAGUGGGUUUGCAAUUGUGAGGACAUGAGGGAUUCACUUUGUUAAAGGCAAAUAAGAGCCCGAAAGUACGAGAGGACAAGUAAGGUGGGAACUAUGGACAUACCGUAGCAUAUAAGGUUCAAGAAAGGACUUUUUGGAGGGACAUACAGUAUAGCAAUAGAAUAAUUAGCAAAUAUAAUAUAUUUUGGUCAAAUCAUCUUCAAAUCAUGUUCACCUACUUAUUGCCAUGACUAUACUUUUUAAAAUGUUUUUUUUAAUACAAAGAUGUCUAUCAAAUUGUCCUUGAUGAAAUGUCAUCCUUAAAGCGUAUGUCAUAUGAUGAUUCUCUUUUUUUAUUUAACUUGCUGGUGGCUUGGACAUCGUUGCUCAUGAAGGCUGUCUUGCAGGCUUGUUAAGGGCACUAUGCAAUCUGUAUCACUGAAGUGUAUUGCACACUAGAAAUACUGGUAAGGUUAUUCCCGAUUGAGCUGACCAAUGCAAAGUUUACCGUGAAUGCAGCCUCCACUAACUCUGAAUUUCCAUGCUAUUGAUUGAUUAGAGCCUUAAGUUUACAGAGAAAAACUGGCAAAGUGAGUUACUGUUUUAUGCCAUAGAAAGGAUGGAGGGUGAUAUGAACGCACAUGAUACAAGGUAGUUGGAGGAGAACAUCUAAGUAUCAGUUUCUCUCUUCUCAAAGAUUAUACCUCUCUUGUUCAAUUUAUUUACCUGCUAGAUUAGUUGUGUCCGACUAGAGGAAUCAUAUAUUUCUGAGAUCUCUAAAGAGAGAACUUCAGUUGCAUCCAGCCAGAGGGUAAAAGGGAUGGGGAUCCUGUAUCCUGUUCAACUGGUUGUUUCAUGCAGCACAAAGGGUUCUUGUAUCACUGUCAUGGAGAUGUGACAAACGCAGAGUGAAAUCUUUUCAA